UUAGAUAAAAUGUGGAUAUGUUAGAAUAUUAUAGUUGAAUAUUCACAUUUGAAGAUGAUCUUGUCAUUCUUAUAACAUUAAUCCUGUUCUUAUUUUCUAUUUUUAAUACAAAGAACCAUCAAACAGCUCAGCAUGGGGAGUGCUCUAGAGACGCUAAGCGGGCAAGCAGUUGGAGCAGGGCAAGUAGGCAUGCUCAGCAUUUACAUGCAACGUACAUGGAUCAUCCUCAUCAUCUCCUCCAUCCUCAUGUCACCGAUCUACAUCUUUGCGACCCCCAUCCUCUCCUUCCUUGGCCAACAACCUGAUAUUGCCGUCCUCGCUGGCCGCUUUGCCCUUCUCAUUCUCCCUCACCAAUUUGCCAUUGCCAUUUCCUACCCUUGCCAAAAGUUCCUCCUAACUCAGAGCAAGGUCUUGCCUCUUGCAUACAUUGCUUUCAUAACCCUUGCUCUUCAUCUUGGUGUGCUUUGGCUCUUCACCUCUGUCUUAGAAUGGGGAUCAACUGGGGCGGCUAUAGCAUAUGAUGUGUCUUCAUGUGCGGCGGCUUUGUUUCAAGUGAUCUACAUUAUGUUUUGGUGCAAGGAUGCAUGGAGUGGUUUUUCAUGGUUUGCUUUCAAGGACUUGUGGCCUUUCAUCAAGCUCUCUCUUUCAUCUGCUUUCAUGCUUCUGUUCAGUGAUUGGUAUAGUGCUCUCAUUGUGUUUCUCACUGGCCUCCUAAACAAAGCAGAGGUUACAGUUGCAUCAGUCUCCAUCUGGCUGAACAUAAAUACUUGGGAGCAUAUGUUGGUCAUUGGAUUCAUGUCAGCAACAAGUGUGAGGCUGUCAAAUGAGCUUGGGUCAGGCCGGCCGAGGGCAGGGAAGUAUGCAGUUAUCAUCUCUGGCUUGACAACACUAUUCAUCGGCCUUGUCUCAUCUAUACUGAUCUUAGCAACCUGGAACAAGUUCCCAUUGUUGUUCACCAGCAGCAAAGAAGUUCAAGAUUCAGCUUCUACUGCAGUUUACCUUCUUGCCAUUGCCUUGAUGAUUACCUGCAUUCAAUCUACAUUGACAGGAGCAAUCAUUGGAGGGGGAUGGCAAGGUCUUGUUGCUUAUAUCAACUUAGGUUGCUAUUAUCUCCUUGGCCUUCCUCUUGCUGCUACUCUUGGAUUUUUUUUUCAUUGGGGCUGGCAGGGAAUAUGGAUUGGGAUGAUAUCUGGUUACAUUGCUCAGACUUUAGUUCUCAUAACCAUGGUUUGUAAGACCAACUGGAAGGGUCAGGUUAUAAAAGCUGAAAAAAGACUGCAAUUUUGGAGUGGAGAAGAUCAAUAGACAAAAUGGGUAGAAUGAUUUGAUUAAAAUACUCAAAACUGUAAUUGUUGUAAUUUAUUUUGUAAAUUAAAUUGUAUAUUGCAGGGUGCCAUUUAUUGUAAUUUAUUUUGUUUUAUUGACAUUAUGGCAUCCAUCGUCUCACGGAGCAAAGCUUGUUUUUCCAAAUGUAAUAACACUUAAAUGAAUCUAAAAUUAUA